GCAUCUCGAAGGUCUUGUUCCUGUUGUGCCUUUUUGUGGUUGCAAGCACCCCCAAGCGCAUCGAAUGUCAGGUCUUGGGAGUCCGCCGUCACGAUCGCAAUCAUGAGUGGGCUCUCGAGCGACGUCAAGCUACCUGCAGGCGUCGACGACACUGGUAACGACGCCGAGGCGGAGGGCAAUACCUCUGCAUCUCAAAGCGGCCUUGUUCAUCCUGCUUCCCUCGAUGCACUUGCACCAUCAGGCUCAGGCUCGAAGAACGCACUGGGAGUCCUGAGCAGCUCGCCUCACAAUCUCUCGCCACGCACGGAGCGGCUGCAGUUGGCCAGCGAUUCCAUCAAAAGCAAAUCGUCGACUGAUCACCUCUCUCAGUCACCCUCCAGCACGUCCCCAGCGUACCUCUCACCAGGACCCCGAGUUCCGCGACUGGCACACUCCUCAUCCCUCGCUUCGAUCCGGACAGACAAUUCUGAGCCCUUGUACGCCGGCGUAGACAGGGUUGCUCGCAGACAGGUCUCGGGAGGGAGCGUGACCAGCUCAGGCGGCCCCACGGAGUCACCUCUGAUGCCACGGAGUAGAGAUUCUUCGGCAGUAUGGGAAGAGCAGAGGGACGAGAACUUGCGAGAGCUGGACGCAGUGCUUGCAUCUUUGCAGCAGUCUGACUCUUUGGAUCUGGAUUCCAAGCUGCAUUUGCUUUCCCAGCUUCAGAGACUCAUCCACGAGGGCACCGAGUUACCGUUGACACCAAGAGCAGCCAAAGGCGCUACCACCACCUCCGACGCCUUCAGAAAGUCUGGCGGCUAUCUCUGCCUCUUGGGACAGCUGACCGCGCUGGAGAGCACGCGAACAUCAUCCGAGCGCACUGCUGCUGCGCCCAGUGCUGAAGAUCAGCAUGGCGAAACAUCAGACCUGGCGCAGAGUAGAAGGGAGAGCACGCAAGACCAGAUGGCACUCCAGGAGCGCCUCCGGAUCGAGAUCUUUAAGCUCGUCCUCUCCCUCCUGGCUGCCAAUUUAUUGAGCUCCACUGCGAGUCUUGCUCACUUCGAAAAGGACGUUGGAUGGGACACGCUGCUAGCGAGCUUGCGGCUGUGCACCAUCGACGCAACGUCUCCCGCUGCGUUCUUUGGAGCCCUCUUGGGGCUGGCGGUUGGCGAUGUCGGAGGCUGGAUCGGAUGGCUCGAGAGGCUGUGCGCGGAAAGCAACGACUCGGCUCGCGUAUCCGCGUAUCUUGAAGGAUUGCCAAGGGGGGAUUCGGGAGCGGACGACAAGGAGCAAUACAUUCCCAAGCGCGUCUCGGAAAGCUGGCACUCGACUGCCGUUGAGAUCCCCAAGGCUAUAGGACUAGUCCUCACGCUACUGGACGAAGCCAAUGAGCGGCACCGCGACUCUACGCUGCGCUUUGCGAUCUGCGCCGUUGUUGAGCGCUUGUCAAUAAGUUCAAGGCGAAAUCAGGUUAUGCUAGCCCAAAGCGGGCUUACGAGCCAUUUGAUUCAAAGCCUUCUGAAGCGACUACCCGACGCUCGCAGGCAUGGUUCUGAUGCCUGCUUAGCACGUUCCAUGUCUCGCCUUCUUGGGCUUGGACUCGAGAGUGAUGCCGCUCGGGUCAUAUUCAAGCGCUUGCUGGAGCCUGAAGAGGAGCGAGCAUCGCACAACGAUUCCCUGAUGGAAUUGCUGGUCAGCGUCGCAGAAUCUUCGCGAGUGCCCAACAACAUCACCUUUGACUGCUCCAUCGCAGGCCACGCGUCUCUGGCCUUUUCUUCGCUUCGACGACCCUUUCCGCCUGGAUCAGCAUCCAGAGGCUUUUCGUUCUUCACCUCGAUCUACAUCGAGCGCAUAGAGCCAUCAGCUGAACUCGAGCUAUUUCAACUCUUUGAUGGGCCGAGGAAUUGCGUUGUGCGCCUGACAAUAGAGCCUGGUACUGGCCAAGUCCAUUACUGUACCGAGGCCGGGGAAUCCGCAUCGCGGACGCACUUUGUAGGCGGAGUCAUCCCUCAAGGACAAUGGACACAUGUCUGUCUUGUCCACGCCCGGCCGAAGGGGACCGCAAAGAGAUCUGUCGCUCAGCUUUCCAUCAAUGGCAUCCUGGUGGACGAGCAAAUGGUGCCAUGGCCAGCUUCUGCGACUGGCAAUGUUCGGGCGGUCAUAGGAACCGCACCACAGCGCAACGCGGGAUCGAGCAUGUCACCCGGACCCUCGCCGAUUUCUGGAGGCGGGUUCCGACGCAAGCAGACGAGUCGCCUGAUAUGGUCGCUUGGUGUGACGUACUUUAUGGAUGCUUUGGUGCCGCGGGAUCUGCCUUUGGUCCUCUCGGAGCUGUCAAGGACGUACUCUGGCAACCUGCAGGACUCGCUCGGCAAGUUUUUGACGUACCAGACAAGCACCCGGGUCAACCUUCGUCUGAAUGCAGUCUCCAAAUCCAUCGCUGGAGCUCACGGGAGCGGACCCGCAGCUUCGGUUGCGACCGAGCGCGACCUCUCGAAGCAUCCGCUGGUCACUGCGAUCGCUGGCAAUGCAAGAGACCUCUUCAGCGAGGAACGCUUCUACUUUAUUGUCUCUUCUGCCAACACGUGGGCACUCGCACGCCAGUCUACUGCUGGACUGGAUGCUGCCCAGCGUCCGGGGCCGGUCGUCGUCCUCAAUCAGGCCUUGCCUCUGACUCGCGAUGCCAUCGCCUCUUCUUAUGGCUAUGCGAAGCUCUACGGUCACCCGACUUUGUCCUGCCCUAUUCCUCUAGACGAGACUGUUUGGCAGCUCGGUGGGGUCUCGCUCUUGCUCGCGAUGGUCGAACGCGCAUCGAUGGCUGGCUCGCGAGAGCAACUCGAGGUCGCACUGCGGCUCUUUUUCGACUUGGUCGACAAUAGCUGGCGUCUGUCCGAAGACGCGGAGAAGAAGAAGGCGUACGAGGUGCUCAGCUUGCUGCUGCACGCAUACCGCAAGCAGAGCGGAUCGCUCUCCAUGUCCCUGUUGAGCAUCUUUGAGCGAGCCGUGGGUAUACACGAGGAUCGUGCAGAAGAUGCGGCCCUGUCAAACCCAUUCGUAUACCGCCUGUUCAUGCUGGACUUUGAGCUCUGGUCGGGAGACGACCAAGUUCAACAAGCGCAUCUCGCUCACUUUGCCGUCCUUUUGCGGACUUCGGCACAUCGACGGUUCAACAUUAAGCGCGUGGCCAAAAUGCAGAUUGUCCGCAAGCUUCUGUAUGCCCUUCGCGCCGAUCACAUAAGCGCAACCUCGCUUUCUGCUGCCAUGGAAGCCUUACGGGCGGCCCUACUCGCCAACUUUUCUGAUGCCUCGAUACGUGCUAUCACCACUUAUCUCGGCUCGCAGCUUUGCCGCGGGCUGGAGCGGACCAGCAAGCGGGGGUCUGCGCGGGGUCGAGCCCCCACCGUCGACUCCUUUCCACCGUCUGACAGCGCCACGUUUGGGUUCCUUGGCUGCCGUCGUACCACCCUUGACGACUCGAGUGCCACCCCUCUGAUGGUAUUUGAACUGCUUACAGAUGUGGUGCUGCAACGACCAAGCUUCCUGGCCAAGAUGGCCACCUCCGUCAGCAACAAAUGGCUCCUCCUCUUUUUCCACCCCAAGGCUGAGCGUCGAGCAGCGGUGCUUUCACUUUCUAUACUCGAAAAGCUUUUCGCGUCUCAACCGAGCUACAAGGAACGCUUCAACGCGACCGGAGGAAUCAAGACGAUGGAACGUCUGCUUCCGAGGUUUUGGGCCAGUCCCACUGUUCUGCCCACGUGCUUCGCUAUGCUCUUUGGGCGCACUGUCGACGCCGCAGGGGGUGAGGAGGCAGACUUUGUGGAAAGAUUCGGACCGCUCUUUUGUCCCAACAUCUGCUGUCCGCCAAUGCUGCGUGCCAUCGUGGCAGCUCUUCGCUUUGGUCUGCGUGAAGUUGCAAGCAAGUCCUCUGAUCAACGACGAAGCAAUCUACUGACGCGCAGCGGCACCAUGAGUCGACCUCGCCAAAGCGCAAACAACGCCAGUCUUUCGCCUGCGAUCGCCGCCGGUGGGGCAGGAGGAGGUGGGCACGCGCGCAAGCGAAGCACUUCGAUGAAUCUGGAUUCGCAAGGGCUUGCUGAAGCAUUUCGCAUUAGCAGCGAGCUUUCUCUGCUCGAGGGCGCCGUCGCCCUGCUCGAACGGCAUUGCCGCGCCUCGGCCGAGUUUCGCGAUCUCGUCUACUCGCCAAUCAUUCUGCGCUUGCUGGUAGACGUUAUCAGUCCUCACAUCGACAUUCGCACCCUGGAUGACUGGCGAACGCAGCAACGACUCGCAUUGGGGAACGCGCAGCGAUCAAGCAUUCACGAAGCUUCUCAACCGAGUGUCCUGGCGGAGGCUUUAUGCAAUCGCAUCUUGGCGACGCUCGUAGACUUGGCCCUCGACUCGAUGAUCCACAGCGGUACUGUGGCUAUUGUGGCCGCGCUGACUGCGGCUGCACCUCCCGCAGACCUGGUCGAAGCUUCUGCUCUUCGCGCUGCCAUCUACUACAAGCUCUGCGACAGCGUUGUUGCAACAAUCGCAGAAAGACCUUCGCUGAUCAGCAGCAGCAGGGCUUGCGUUGCAUUCGCGUCACUUGCCGAAGCCGCGUCCGAUGAGGCUUUGCAUGGCUCGACUGAUUUGGCACAAAAGUCGUUCGACCUCGUCACGACACUGCUCUCCAAGUCGCAUCUCAAAGUAAAUGAAAAUUUUGCUCGAGAUGCGACAUUCGCGCUCGCGUCGCAAUCCCUCGUCACUAGCUUGAACCGGAUCGUCCUCUAUCGUUUCGCUGCCGCACAGGACGACGAGUCUCGAGCUGCUCUUUUACGAAGAGUGUUGGAGCACCAGACGAGCGUGUUGCUCGAGAUCAAUACUGACGCUGCCUUUUUGCGCUGUCUGGUCAACCAAGCAUUCAAAUGCAUAAAGACAGAAAGCAAAGACACUCGCGCCGCAGGUGUGAGCCUUUUGAAACUCAUGGUGAUCUCGAGACCUGCGCUGAUUGAGCAGAUUAUCAGCGACGGCGUGUCCACAACGGACCUGCUGCAACAAGAGGACGGACCGGCAAUACUAUCUCGGCUCAAGGGAAUGGACAGCGAUCCUCCUCAAUGGCCAUUUCAAACGGAAUGGCUUGGCUUUCUCAAGUCUCUGGAGACGCUCAAAGCGGCAGCCCACUUGGAGCGCGUGGCUCACGUCAAGGAGCUACUGGAUCGCUCAGAUGCUCGCGACCAAUCUGUCGUGGCGACCGAGCGCCGCAUGAUUGCGUGGCAGGCCAAUCUGCGUCAAGAAGACAAUCUUAGGUACACGAAAUACCGACACGACGUGCGGGAGCUCUUUGUCUUUGCUCAAGCCGAGUGGAAGAAGUUGAUGGCCCAGCUACAGCGCGAAAGAGGCGUUCUCGGCAGCGACGCGGAUGGGAGCCGUUUGUGGUGUCUGGAUCCUACAGAAGGUCCUACUCGCGUCCGGUCCAAGCUUCAGGAGCUCCCGCCCGCUUUGGAGGAGGUAGUGGAUGUACCCUAUCUAAAGGAGCAGACAGCGGAGGAGGAAAUUGGCGAGAUCGAGCAACAACCAGCUUGGAGCAAUGGGGAAGUCGACGCUGGCGAUACGAGCCUUUGGAGUGACGAGCCAGUGUCGGAACAGAGACCGCCCCCGUCGAGCCAGGCUCGCGACUUGCAUGGAAAGACCGAUGCUGCGGGCGCAGAAAAGUUCGACGUUGGAGGCGAUGGCCAAGGUCUUGUCCGCGAAGAGAACGUUGCGGAACUUGGCGAUGGGGAAGAGAAGUUUCGCCGAGUACUGCGGUCCCUAGAGCGAGGAGACGUGAUCAUGGACGUUUUCAAUACAUCUAGAGUGGUUGGUAUAGAGUGUCGCGCAGCUCUGUUGAUAGUUGGCCGCACAGCCGUGUACAUCGUCGACGAUUACUGCCAAUUGGCAUCAGGAGAGCUUUGCGCUUCGUGGGAAGUGCCACCAGAACAACGCGACGCACUGGUUAUGGCGACUGUGGCUCAGUCGGACGCAGAUCACCCUUCGAAUCUCAUCGCACAGCUCGAUGGAGAAGCCCAAACUCGCAAAUGGUCCUGGGAUCAGCUCAGCGCAUGUCAUAGACGAGCCUUUCUUCACCGUCGGACGGCUGUAGAGCUCUUUUUCGCAGACGGACAAAGCUGCCUUUUGGUCCUGGACAAGACUGCGACGGUACAACGCCUGCUGAUCGAGCUGGCCAAGCGGAAUCGCGUCGCGGUUGCGGCCACAGAGCAUCUGCUCGACGGCAUACGCGAGGGUAGUGCGACAACACACCGAAGUGGUGGCAGCGGCGGUCUGUCAUCUCGCCUCGCCGGAGUCUUGGGGCGCGGCGCUCAGCCGGGGCUCCUCACUGCUGCUUGGAUGCGGCGCGAAGUCAGCAACUUUGAGUAUCUCAUGCAACUCAACACGCUGGCUGGCCGCACCUACACCGACCUCUCGGCGUACCCAGUCUUUCCGUGGAUUUUGGCAGACUAUUCGUCUAUGACCCUGAAUCUGGACGACCCGGCCUCCUUUCGACGACUUGAGCUUCCUAUGGGCGCUCAGACGCCAGCACGACGCCGACAGUAUGAUGAGCGCUACGCUCAGCUGCUGGAGCUGGGAGAGCCUCCACGUCACUACGGCACUCACUACUCGACUGCCGCUACCGUCUGUGGCUAUCUGAUUCGUGUGCGACCAUUUUCCACCUUGCUGAUUUCUCUGCAAGGCGGCAGCUUCGAUCUCGCCGACCGCACAUUCAGCAGCAUCAAGCGUGCUUGGGAUUCGGCUUCAGAGCUGACGAGCGGAGACGUGCGAGAGCUGGUCCCGGAGCUAUUCUUUUUUCCACAGUGUCUGCUGAACACCAAUCGAUUCGACUUUGGCUUGAAGCAAGACGGCGAGACGGUCGACGACGUCGAACUUCCGCCGUGGGCACGAGGAGACCCUCAGCUGUUUGUGCAGCUCCAUCGAGAAGCACUGGAGUCAGACUAUGUUUCGGCAAACAUACACCUGUGGAUCGACUUGAUCUUUGGGUGGCGUUCGAGAGGUGAAGCGGCGGUCGAGUCGACAAAUGUGUUUCAUCCUCUUAGCUAUGACGAUGGAGUAGAUCUGGAAGCGAUAGAGUCGCCACACGAACGACUUGCAGCUGCUCAAUCGAUCCACAACUUUGGACAGUCGAUGAGACAAUUGUUCCACAAUCCACAUCCACAGCGCUACGUGGCACCUUUGGGCAGAGGGCCACAAGGACAGCGAUUAGGGCUGGACGAAACGCCCUGGCUGUUCGUGCAGAGCAUUGUGCCAAUACGUUCCCUAAAGGGCAGCAUCCACUUUAUCUACGCUGAGCGCGUAGAGAGGGCGUAUGCAUCUCCUCGUGAUUAUCUCAUUCUGCCGAAAUUGGGCUUGAGCGUCAGUUCGGGACACUUGGACGGCAGCCUCCGCCUGUUCAGUUCAAACGAUCCAACGCGCUCUGAAGGCGUGACGGAGCAUAUGGUGCCAGGACGAAUCACGUGCUUCGCUCCAGCAGGCCCUGCCAACCUUUUGGCGGGCAGCAACGAUGGGCUGGUCACUAGCUGGAAGGUCGAUUCGAAGCGGCACGAGCUGAGCCACGUUGCGACGCUCAGAGCCCACACUGCUCCAGUGAUCACCAUCACGGCCUGCACCACCUACAGCAUCGCAGUGAGCGGCUCUGAAGACCUGACAGCGGUGGUUUGGGAUUUGAAUCGCGGCGACUACGUCAGAAGUCUUCGUGGACACGAACUACCCGUGCAUCUUACGGCCAUCGACGAGAAGAGUGGGCUCAUUGCGACGGCGGCUGGGACCGAAGUUCGUCUUUGGAACAUCAACGGCGAUCUGGUAUCGCGUGUUACCACCAACGCCAGCGUCUCUGACCCAGUUACAAGUCUGGCAUUCUUUGAGAGACAGUGUCACGAUCAAAAGCUAGCGUUGCUGCUGACUGGCCAUCGUGGCAAGGUGGUCUCCUGGGUGUGCAUUCCACGCGCCACAGACGGCUCAAUGUCUCGGCAAAUCAGGCCCGCAGUCAGCUCCAGCAAUCUCAGGAGCGCGAAGCCACUACUCUGGCGUAUGGAGGCGCAUCACGUCUUUGAACAUCGCGAUCGGAUCGGUCCUUUGACGAUGCCCUUGAUCACCGCCAUCAAGGUCGUCGAAAGUUUUGUAAAAGGUGGCAGUGGGCAGGCUUCGCAGCGUCGACAACAGAUCUUGAUGGGCGACGAGCACGGUCGCCUGUACAUUUGGGCGCUCCCAGGCGACGCGACGCCCAUACCAGACGGCUUCGCGACGCACUGCAUGUGGGAGGCGUGCUCCAAGAAAUUUGGCGUGUUGGAGGCCAAGCGAACCUGCUCAGCUUGUGGGGGGCUCUUUUGCUCCAAUUGCGCUACGCCGUAUCCGGCGUGGAACAAUGCACGAUUCUGCGAGAGCUGCAAAAUGCUCUUGAGCCUGCUGCCCGAUCCGCCCGCUCCCGUCAGUCCCCAAUCUGCGCGUACAAGACCUCUAGAGCGGUAGCAUCGCGCGCACAAGACCUCUAGAGCGGUAGCAUCGCGCGCACUGUAACGCUCGUGAAUGCGCAAAUAACAGCUAGAUCUUGCACAAGUCAGACUCGGCAUAUGUAAUACGUAGACGCAACAGUCGAUUUGUGCAAUUUAUCAAUGAAAUGC